AUGAAGCUUGAAGAUCAAAUCGUCCUCGUUACGGGAUCUUCCCGCGGUCUCGGACUCGCCAUCGCAAGGGCAUUCCGUGCAGAGGGCGCAAACGUCGUUCUCAAUUACUACAGCUCCGAAGAGGGUGCCGUGUCCGUGCUGGCAAAGGAGCUCGAUGCUUUUGCUUUCCGUGCCGACGUCACUCAAUUAGACGAAGUGAAAGAUCUGUUCGAGGCUGCACUGCGCCAUUUCAGAAAGCCCAUCACGACUGUUGUGAACAAUGCCAUGGUGGGCAACUUUGCUUUCAAUGGAGAUGCGAGGCCCAAAGUGGCGGAGUUGAGAUGGUCAGACUUUGACGCCCAGAUAAAAGGGUUUCUCUGCGGGACACUGAACACUACGCAGGCCGCGCUGCCUGGUUUUGAAAAUGCUGGGUUCGGUCGGAUCAUCAACAUUGGCUCCAACCUGUUCCAGAAUCCGGUUGUGCCGUACCACGAUUACACCGCAGCCAAGGGCGCGUUGCUUGCGUUUACUCGGACUUGUGCUGCGGAUCUGGGACCAAAACGUAUCACUGUGAACAUGGUAUCUGGAGGCCUCCUGCAAACGACGGACGCAAGUGCCAGUACUCCACAGGCAGUUUUCGACCAGAUCAGGGCCGUGACGCCACUCAGGAAGGUCACCACACCGGAGGACAUGGCUGGUGCUGUCUUGUUCUUCGCUAGUCCUUGGGCCGCGGCAGUGACGGGACAACAGAUUGUAGUAGACGGCGGGCUCGUCAUGAACUGA